UUCUGAAAGGUCAGCGCAGGUCAACACGACGUCAGUAGAUCAUGGCUGAUGUGGCCAGCAAGUCUUUGAGCGGCCUGCUGUUUGGCCUGGUUCAGAUCACCUUUUACCGUAACCCUGCCGUUACCGAGCAGAUGCUCAAGGAUGAACUCUACCCCGAGCUAUCAGAGCAAGAUUUCCAAGUUCUGGUGGAGAAAAUGAACGGUAUCCUACGGGUCAAAGAAAGCCAUGCCAGUGUAUACAGCCAACUGUCUGCAAAGUCUAUAACGUCUGCUGACAUGGAAUUCAACCAACUGGAAGCCUUCUUAACAGCACAGACCAAGAAACAAAAGGGAAUUACACCGGACCAGGCUGCAGUUUUAACCAAAUUCUGGAAAAGUCAUAAAGCUAAAAUUCGUGAAUGUCUUAUUAAUCAGAACAAGUGGGAAAACUGUUUGAGAAAUUUCAGUUGGAGAGUUGACUUGAAGACCCAGUCUAAACACUUGGAUCAAAUUAACACACCAGUUGCUCUUGUGGAGUUGGAACUUGGAAAAAAUGAUCAGGAAUCAGAAUUUCUCUGCUUGGAGUUAAAUGAGAACAAAGUGAAUCAACUGCUGAAAAAAUUAACUGAAAUUGAAGAGAGCAUCACUGCCCUGAGCUGCACCAACUGAUGCUGCUGGAGAUUAUGAAACAGAACAGAUGGCGGUGUCAAUAAGCAACUGGAACACUAACUGUCCCAUUGAUUUGUGUAAUUUUCUGCAUUCCCUGCUUUGAUUGUAGAGUGAAAAUUUGAGUUUACUUUACAAGCCUUUGAUCAACAGCCACUUUCAAAACUAACAAUGCCUCUAAUUAACUCCUCACCAUCUGUUUCUUUUUCAAUAGCUAAACUGGGUUCAGGAAAUGGUUUUCAAUUUGAUACUUCUUUCCAACACUUCUCAAAGCUCAUAGAAUUGAUUUUUUUAUUUAGAAUCCGAAUUUGCACUUUGAUCUUGAAACUGAAUUUUCUUUUCUUUAGUUCUUGGAAAUAAUCUAAAAUUAUCGUUAGUUAUCCUCAACAUUUUUUGUCAACUUGUUGAUAAGAAUUGAAUAUUCUCAUUCGGAACAUUUCCAAGUGUUUGAUGACAAUUAUAUGGGCAUGGAAGAGACUGAAUUAGUGCAUCAUGGACCAUGUAAAUAUCAGUUGGCUUUGCAUCAAGCCCAAGUUGUAGCCUACCCAAGGAUGAUUGUUGUUGAACCAAGUCCCAAAAGUAAUUGCUCUCUCUUGCAUCUCAUGUCAAAAAUGUGCAAGACUUGUGAAAUCAUCACAUGGAGAUUACAAAGAGCACUUGAUACUGCUGGAAGAAAAGCAAUAUGCAUCAUGUAUUAGAGACAUAAUGAAAAAAUUGUCAUGUAAUGUCAUGCAAAUUUGUCAUGUAAUGUAUAAUUCUCAUGGUUUUCCUUUAAUAGCCUGUAUUCAUAUUAUUCAAUUAUUCUGCCACUCAUGAAUAAAUACAUAACAAAGUUAAUCAUUGUAUUCCUUAUCAUGUCCACUGAAGUAACUUUCAUAAUUAAAGUAGUAAUCUAUAAUGCUUUGAUGUUAAACAUUGUCUUAUUAUGCUAUAUUAUUAAGUAUAUUUGGAGAUUGCAUUUUGAGUCACGAAUUGAACGAAAAUAAAACUUUACAGUUUCUUUUUGA